UAACAGGGGUAAAACGGGGACAGGAAUGGUCUACAUUCGUUCAAAACUGUUGAACUCAUCUACACCAUUCCAUCCUCGAUUUUUCUGCCCUCCCCUUUUCGCCAGUCGUUUCAAUCAUUCGUAACAGAAUAAUAUUUUCACGCCGAUCUCGAUUUAAAAAUUAUACAACCGACAAGAUUAAAAUAUAAAAUGUGACUUAAAUUUAGUUUUUAAGGGUUUUAUCCAUUCGAUUAUUGUGAUCCACUCAGCCUGCCAUGUUUUCUGCUCCGAUGGUGACGCAUUAGUUUAGCUAAGGUUAAUUUCAAAUAUAAAAUUUCCCUCACUUUAAAUGGCGACCCAAAAAGAGAAGACGAAGCGGAUGGUAUUACUGCGGCUCUGGUGCUAACUAGAAAGAAGGGCAUUUGGGCACAUUUUAUCUGUCUCCAAAAUGAUGGUUCCAUGGGCGGCUUUAAUUUCAGCUUUGUUAGUUGCGGCCGUGGGGAGGAAUAUUGGUGUAGCAGCGUCUGGGGGUUGCCAUAUUAGUGCCAUAUUCAACUUCGGAGAUUCGAACUCGGACACAGGGGGACAGGUGGCUGGGCUGGGCUUGUCCUCCCUGCUGCCCAAUGGAGAGACUUUCUUCAAAAGGCCCGCUGGAAGAGUCUGCGAUGGCCGCCUCAUCAUCGAUUUUUUAAGUGAGGGUAUGCAAUUGCCGUUUUUGAGUCCGUAUUUGGAGUCCGUGGGCUCAAAUUUCAGUCACGGCGCAAAUUUCGCAAUCAAUGGGGCCACUGUAAGUCGCACUGGAAAUACUUUUCCUCUGCCGGUGCAAAUCGACCAGUUUAAGCGAUUUAAAGCCCGGGUUUUGGACAUUAUUUCUCGAGGUGAGAAUGGGGGGAACCUCCUUCCAACAUGGGAGGCUUUCGAGAAGGGGUUGUAUACGAUUGACAUCGGCCAAAAUGACAUUUUUCACGCCUUCACUGGCAAUCUCGCGCUGCACCAAAUUAUCAAUUUUGUGAUUCCUCAGACUGUGGACGACAUCAAAUCUCACUUGAAGGAUUUGUACAGUGAAGGAGGUCGAAACUUCGUGGUUCACAACACGGGACCAUUGGGCUGUUUACCACGAAUUCUUGCAGGCAUUCGCAGUGAUCUGUCAGAACUGGAUAAGAAUGGGUGCGCUGUAGCCUACAACAACGCCUCUCAGACCUUCAACGCCCUGCUAAAAGCUGCCUGCACUCAGCUCACGUCAAACCUGCCACAAGCCACCAUUGUUUAUGUAGACAUUUACUCCAUCAAAUAUGCCCUCAUUGCAAAUGCAUCACAAUAUGGGAUUGAGCAUCCGCUGGCAGCAUGUUGUGGGUACGGAGGUUUGCCAUAUAAUUUUAAUGAUAAAGUGCGGUGUGCACAGACGGAGGGCAAUGUUAAUGGGAGUGUGGUUAUAGCUGGGUCUUGCAAAAACCCUUCUAAAUCCGCGAAUUGGGAUGGAACUCAUUAUACAGAACGAGCAAACUUUCUUGUCUGGUCAGAAAUUAUGUCUAGCAAAUAUUCUCACCCUCCCCUCUCUCCUUACCAAGCAUGCUAUUAAUUUUGAGCUGAUGCCUAAUCCCUUCUCUGAAUAAUACUAAUCUCACAGACAUCGAGUGUUCACUGGUUUUCUGAACUUGGCGAAAGUGUUCAAAUCUAUAAAGUUUGAGAGAUUCUUACUAAAACCCAAAGUUUCUAGUUCUUUUGAAUUAGAGUAGUGAUUUCUCAUUUUAUAAUUUCAUUGAUCUCAAAAUCUUUCAAGGUUAAAAGUCCUUAGAGGGUCUGGUCAGGUUCGACUUUUGGGUAAAUUUGAUGGAGCUGUUUAAGAAGGAGGCUUGUAGUUUAGAUGUAUGUUUGUUCAAAUUGUUGUAAUCUGCAAUAUAAAAGAGGAAAUGCCACAUCUAUGUAUGCUGACAUGCUUCUGUAAAAAAAAAUCUUUCCAAGUUUGUUGGUCUUUCUCUAUGUACAACUUGGAUCAAAUUUUACAAUUUUCUUUAGAAUUUUAAUUUAAAUGUAAGAUUAUGUA